AUGCCACCAAGGUCGCUAAGGUCGAGCCUGCCAUCGCACAAGAUUGAUGAUUCGGGGAAAGACCUACAGAGGGAUAUGUGCAUGCGUCGAGGGUCUCGAAAUUCACCCGAUCUGAUCCCAUUCACCGAUUAUUUCCUGAUGGGAACUCAUGGACAUCGUGCUACCCUGCCGGAUAUAACUGCGAUAACUGAAAACACCUCCGACAGUGGCGGUCCUCCAGCUCAGGAACGUCGCCGCCUGGCGACCCAGGAUUUUCUAUCACCGGACGCCAACUACAACGUCCACAAGCCUGCGGAUCCUUCCAGUCCAGUGGAACAGAAAAAAGAGCAAAAGGAGGGGGUCCGUCGAGCAGCUUCGUUCACUUUUUCACCUAAAGGAGCUGCUGAUAAGACGAAUCGACGAGUACAUGCGCAUCCGGAAGACGAGAACAAGAGGAGAUUCUUUGGUCCGAUUUCGAAGACGAUCAGUUUGAUUCGGAAUAAACUGGACGUGGCUUUGUCGACAUCCUCCCUCUAUCCAACCCGUGAAGAAGUCCGACAGUGGAGGAUGAGCUUUGAGUCGUUGCUAAAUCACAAAUACGGCUGCACGUUGUUCCGCGAGUUUUUGAAAAAGGAGUUCUCCGAUGAGAAUGUUGACUUUUGGCUUGAAUGUGAAGAGUUCAAAAAGAUGAAGGAAGGUAAAAAAGCCACAAUUCAACGGGCACACGAGAUUUUCAAGGAAUACGUCGCUGCUGCUGCUCCUAAAGAGGUGAAUCUUGACUCGGACACACGAGCCGCCACCAAAGCAGCGAUGGAAAGUGGUUGCAAGACGGACACGUUCAGCUUGGCGCAAAGUCGGAUCGAACAGCUGAUGGCCAAAGACUCGUAUCGGCGAUUCCUCAAGGACAGCCUCUACCUCGAUCUUGUCGAUGGUGUCGAAAAUGGUGAAAAUACUCCCAAAAUCAGCCAAAAAUAG